AUGAAUGGCCAUUCGGUGGUUACCUCGCGACUCUACGAUCCAGAGUCUCCGCAGCUCGCCGAGUUUCAACAGAUUUGCUCGCGCACGGUAGACCCAUCCGUCUAUCCGCUCGCUUGCGCGGUCGAGCACAAUGUCCCCAUCUACGACAUCACAGCCCUGGAGGCACACACCGUGACGGCUGAGACCAUCUCGCACCUGCAGGAUGAAUGGCACCACAUCCUCCACAAGGGGCCCGGAGUCUACGUGCUGCGAGACAUGUACGCUCCCGCGCGGUAUGGCGACGUGCUCUCGGCCACCAACGAGGCCUUUGAUCGGAUCAUAGCCAAGGAGCGACAGCAGUCGACUUCCUCCAAAGGCGACCACUUCGCCGCCAGCGGGAGCAACGACCGCAUCUGGAAUGCCUUCUCCAAGCACGCGCUGGACGACCCGGCCUCCUUCGUGGACUACUAUGCCAACCCCUGGCUGGCGGCCGUCUGUGCCAGCUGGCUGGGCCCGGGGUAUCGAGUCACGGCCCAAGUGAACGCCGUGCAUCCGGGCGGUGCGGCCCAGGAGAGUCAUCGCGACUACCACCUGGGGUUCCAGGAGGCGGAUGGCUGCGCGCGGUUCCCGGCGCCCACGCAGCUGGCAUCCCAGUUCCUGACGCUGCAGGGAGCCGUCGCCCACACCGAGAUGCCCGUCGCCAGCGGACCUACUCGUUUCCUGCCCUUCAGCCAGAGAUACGACCCGGGGUAUCUGGCGUACCGACGCCCUGAGUUUCGCGCCUUCUUCCAGGAUCACUACGUCGCGCUGCCGUUGCGUCUGGGCGAUGGUGUCUUCUUUAACCCGGCGUUGUUCCAUGCCGCCGGUGCCAACGAGAUGGACGCGGCUGCGGGGGGAUUCCGACGAGUCGCCAAUCUCCUGCAGGUGAGCAGUGCCUUCGGGAAGCCCAUGGAGAUGGUGGAUUCGGUGCCUCUGGUCGACCGCUGCUGGGAGCUGCUGGUGCAGCGGUACCACGCCGCUGGGAAACAGCUGGCGGACCCUGACCUUGACCCUGUGCGGUCGUCACUCGCGGCGCGCGAGAUCAGGGCGUUCAUUCAAGCUGUCGCGGAAGGGUAUCCAUUCCCAACGAAUCUGGACCGUCGAACUCCUGCACCGAGUGGCAUGGCCCCCGAGAGUGAGCAGGAUAUUGUUGUUCGAGGACUCGAGACCGGGUGGAGUCGCGCUGAGGUGGUCGCCGCGCUGCAGCAGAUGCAUCAGGACUCGCGGCCGUAA